AUGAACUCUGUUCCAGAUACGUUAUGUGUGCUGCCGAAAACUCCCAGCUACUAUUCUGCAGCUCAGAUCUGCGAGAAGCUUGACACCACUCCGUUUCGGUGUAUCAUUGGCGUGGACAGGCUCGACUGCAUGAAGAAAGUCAGUUUGAAUGAAGCAGACUUUGCAGUAUUUGAAGCUGAAGAUCUGUUGAUUAGUGCGGAUGAUGUGCACUUAACAGACGUUCUGAUCACUCAUAGGAUUCACGCUUCUGAACAAAAGAAAUGGGAGUAUGGAGUCGUAGCAGUGGUGUCCAACAAAGCUAACAUAUCACAGCUGUCUGAUCUGAAGGGUAAAAGAUUGUGUCAUCCAGGCAACAACCCGUUCUCCGCCAACUAUGACUGGAGUGAGGUGUUCUCAUUGUAUUUUGAGAAUCGUGUUGCCCCCCAACUCUGCGACAAGGGGGUCUCAGUUGAAGAAAAUCGCAUUAAAGCCUUAGCAGAGUUCUUCGGAGAAUCUUGCAAAGCUGGAGUAUGGGCUGCAGACCCAGAGAUCGAUGCACAACUUAAGAGUCGGUACAAGAGCAUGUGCGGUCUGUGUGAUGUGCCCAGUGUGUGCUCUCAGAGAGACAAGUACUGGGGCCGACAAGGUGCUCUCUACUGUCUGUCCGACUGCCUGGGUGACAUCGCUUGGUCCAUGCUGAAAGAUGCAAAACUACACUUCAGUCAAGUCGGAGUCUCUGUGUGUGAAGAUGUCAGUCUGCUAUGUCCUGAUGGCUCCACGAAACCUUUGAAUUCGUCAGAUCCUUGCGUCUGGGUGACACGACCUGUACCUGUCAUUGCUGCGAAAAGAGCAAAGGCUGAAGACAUUCAGAAAACGUUGAAGCAAGUCCUGGCAAUGCCUGACACUCCUGAUGACUUCAUAAGAUUGUUGGAGUCAAAUGUGAUGGUCCCACCGUUGGAACUGACACCCUCUUUGACACCGAAUGACUAUUUAGCAAGCGCUCCUGGAUACCUGAGUGCCAACGCCAUGUCAAUAUGUGGCCAGGGCGCACGAGCCGUCAGUGUUUGCGUCAGCACUUUACAGGAUAAGAUUAAGUGCGACUGGCUGUCUUCUGUAGCUCGAGUGUACGGGUUGCAGCCAUCACUCUCCUGUCUGUAUGGUGCAGAUUGUCUCUUCUCAGUAGCCAACAAAUCAGCAGAUGUUGUUAUAGUUGAUACUGAUACUCUGAUGCCAGCUGUCAGGGACCACAAUCUGAAGCCACUGUUGGUGCAGUUGCCAAUACAGCUAAAGAAGGCCAAGACUGUUUCAGCAGUUGUCAAAACAAACUCCAGUUUUAAGAAACUCUCAGAUUUGAAAGGAAAGAAAGCAUGUUUUUCUUCUGUCGAUGGAAUGGGUUGGACCUCUUUUACAAUAAAAAUGCAGAAGACUGAUUCUUUAGAAAAAGUAUGUCCGUACACCAAAGCAAUUUCAAAGUUUUUCUCUGAAAUUUGUGUCUCAAAACCAAGUCCGGAUGUUUAUGGUUACUCCAAUAUCAAGAUAUGUCCAGCAGAAUAUAACGAGAUAUCUUAUGAUGAAGGAGAGAUACAUGAACUGUCUUAUGAUGAUGAAGCUGUAGCGUUUCAAUGCCUUGCUAUUGGAGGAGGAGACGUGGCAUUUAUUUCAACAGAUUCAAUUCCACAAUUUUUAGAGCACAUGAAGGGCAAUCCGGAGGCCGAGGGGUUGACGGUGGACAGCUUCCGAGCUCUGUGUGACAGCAGCUCAGCCAAACAUGAGUGUCAACUCAGCUGGGGCAGUUACAGUCAGGUCAUGGUGCGAGAUAAAAUCCUACUCUCACGGGAAGAAGACGUGAGGUCUUUGUUCACAGGAUUGAACAACUUGUUCGGUCACAUCAAUACACCCUCCACCCGCACGUUCAAUAUGUUUGAGAAAUCUAACAGCCUCUUCGACACAUCGGCUUACAGUUCGCUAGAAAGUGUACAGCAGCGCUUGGAGCAGAUCGAGGAUUUCCUGAAAAAGGCAAAGCUUCGACCUGACAACUACGAGAUCGCUGUAAGAUCAAUGAACAAGUGCUCCACUCCUUCAAGCGCCAGCAGAGUUUCUUUAUCUUUGACUACGCUUUUGGUUUUUAUUUGUUUGAUAUUACGUAAUAAUAAUUAACAAUUAGACGUCUAAUAGACAGACGUUUCUGAAGACUGAAAACUUAACAGUUUUUUCUACAUGAUAUAAGCUACUUCUAUAAUUUUUAUUACUUAAUAAAUUAUGUGUAACUUAGAUUUUAUACUGAAUAUUUGUCAUUUUUAAACUAAAGAAGUAAUCUAUUUGACAAUAGGAUGCAUUUAUAUAUUUACUGUUUAAAAUUUCCCCUGUUAGUAUUAAAAUAGCGUUUAUAAUAUUUCAAGUUUAAAAUUAAAUAAAAAUUUAAGUAUUUUAUUUUCUUGACUUUGAUAGGUGUUUUUUGUAAACUAUGAUAUAGUGACUGUAUAGUGUAAACUAUGAUCAAAUUUACAUAUUUGUAACAUUGUACUUUUGCAAUAGUAAUAGAUAUGCUGUGUGUUUUUAUUAUAUUGUUUAUUAAGUCAUGUAACAUGAGAAUAUAGGUUUAAAGAUUGAAUUAUCAAUAGAGUAAUUAUAAGGAAUUCAAUUGUAUGGAAUGCAAAUAGAUGUAAAUAGCUCAACACCAAAUAUGCCAUUGUUUAUGUUUGUACUUUUAACUAUAUUAACAAAUAUUUUGAUUUGUAUAUAAAAUGUUAUUACAUUCAAA